UGAAAGAGGCAAAGGCAGGCAAACAGUUUACAUCAUUAUUCCAGAAAGAUCCACAGCUGACUAGUCUGCCAGGGGCCGUCGGUGUUGCUCUAUUUAAGUGCGCCAGCAGAAGAGACGACAGUUUUCUGAGCGCUGCUAAGGCCCAGACGCAAAAUGGACAUCGCCAUUCAGCAUCCCUGGUUCCGGCGCUCCUUCUGGCCAUCCUUCUUUCCCAGCCGGAUCUUUGACCAGCACUUUGGGGAUCCCAUCUCUGAGGCCGACAUGAUUCCCUCGCCGUACUACCCGCGACCUUCCUUUUUACGCUGGCCGAGCUGGGCGGACAGCGGACUUUCUGAGAUGAAAAUGGAAAAGGACCGUUUCUCACUAAAUCUGGAUGUCAAACACUUUAAACCAGAGGAGCUGUCCGUGAAAAUCAAUGGAGAUUUCAUUGAAAUUCAUGCCAAACAUGAGGACCGUCAGGAUGAUCACGGUUUUGUCUCACGGGAGUUUCUAAGAAAAUACCGUGUCCCUGCUGGUGUGGAUCCAGCGUCCGUCACUUCCUCCCUGUCUUCCGAUGGCGUUCUGUCAGUGAUAGCCCCGCGCAAGCAGACAGACGGCCCGGAGCGCACCAUUCCCAUCAGCCGUGACGACAAACCCGCCGUGGCUGGGUCUCAGAAGAAGUAAAGCUGCUAGACUUCCAUGUUUCAACUUUGUGUCACCCUGUCCCACUGUGCUUCACUGCAAGGGAAUCAUUUAUUAGCCCGGCGUUUCCUGACAGGCCAAAACUCGUGUUGUCUUUGCUACAGCGGCUAGGGAAGAAACAGUUAUUAGCUUGAAAACUCCAUCAGCUUCGAACUAGCUGUAAACACAAUCUCUCUCUAAAUGAUGAAUGUUACCUAAAGGAUUUUCCUAGAAAUACACUUUUACAAUAAAGUAUUGUUUUCUGGCGAUGCCACCACACAAAGGGGCUUUUGUAUGUCGUGCGGCCUUGACGGCAAGACAAAGUAUUUGAGUGUAGGAGUAUUUUUUUACAAAGUCAAACAGGCAAAAAUGGGCCAUUGUGUCAAGGCGGAUCAAAUAGCAAAAAAUGCCACGGUCUCUGAAUUUUAAUGGCGUGGAGAGUCCGAAAAACGGGAACACUUUACAAUAAGGUCUUAUUAGCUACCGUACUUAAUGCAUAGAUUUACAUGAACAAUAUAUUUCAUACAGUAUUUAUUCAUAUUUGUUCAAAUUAAUAAAUAAAAAUACAACUUUAUUGUUAUUUCAUGUUGGCUCUGGUGCAUUAAAUAUUAUUAACAGAUACGACACUUGAUGUUAAAAAUUCAUAUUAACCAUUAACCAGUUUUCAUUGUUAGUAUAUGCUAUAAAUAACUACUGUUAACAAAUAGAACCUUGCUGUAAAGUGUUUCUUCUGUUGUUGUGCAUCCUGAAUGUGUUAAAAUUGUUUGUUUUUGGUUUGAAAAAUGAAGUUUAUUUAGAUAUUAAUGAUGGAUUUGGGACCAGAGGACGCAGUGAGGGAUUUGGGAUUUUAUCGUUUUGACAAGAUUUGUGAACAUCGAUCCAGUUUUUGAUUGGUUAAAGGCUCAUUUACGCACUGCAUUGCUUGAAUUUAUGCUUAUGCCAAUACGCCAUAUUUUAACUUACAUGACAAUAGCAGCAGGAGGGCUUUAGAUCGUAAGGAUAAAGGGGGUUAUGAACACCUUUCAAAUAAAUAUUAUAAAAAUAAAAUAACGCAGUUAAUUCACGGUGAAGCUGCAGAACUGCUGUUUAAUGCAACAAUCCAUGAAAACUGAAGCAUGUUAAAGCAAGUGUAUUCACGCAAGCAUGCUGCGUAGGUCAAAGGUCUCCCGUGAUAUUUACCGAAUGAUAUUUUAACGUUAUUUCCGAGAGGGAGAUGUGAGGUGAGACGUUUGUGCAUGUGAAUAAGUGCCAAGAAUUUCUAUUGUUCACUGAGACUAUUCGGUAUCUUAGCAAUGGCUCACUUAUUCAACAAUGGUAAAGCUGCUAAUAUCAAACUAAAUCAGUCCUUUUUUGAUGUGGAAAAGCAACAUAAGCAGGUUCCGACAGAGAUGGAUGAAAAAUAUCCUGGUUUCCUCACCACUACGCUAAAGCAAAGGCCCGGUGCAUUACCCCCACUGGGAGGUGUAAGAGAAAAGGAGAACUUCAAAACAUGGCUUUGCGCUUUACGUUCCUCUUUAAUCACAGCUGAAGCGCUGAAUUAACUCAUUAACGGCAUUAAACAGUUAUCAAUAAACACUUCAGCCUUUCAAA